UAUUGAAACUAAGUGAAAUAUACCAGGUAACCAGGCUUGCCUGAAUGGGCAGUUUCUGAAUAGGACACAGAACAGGAAUUGUCAAGCCUGCUCAUUUUAUCACAUUCUUAAAUAUAGGGAAAAUAUGAUCUAAUUAGCUUCAGUUGGUUGGUAGCCGGGUCUCAAUGAACAUCAGGUCUUCGGGCAGAGUCUGAUCCAGCCAUAGAGGAUGGCCAUCCACGCAGAAGGACUGGUGGCAAUUGUUAUCUUCUAUAUGCUGAUCCUGGUCGUGGGGAUAUGGGCAGCGUGGAAAAACAAAAAUGCCGGGCAAGGUGCAGACCAAAGCGAGACUAUCAUGGUCGGUGGAAGGGACAUUGGAUUAUUUGUUGGUGGAUUCACCAUGACUGCAACCUGGGUCGGAGGAGGCUAUAUCAAUGGCACUGCUGAAUAUGUGUAUUUGCCUGGAUAUGGUCUGGCAUGGGCACAGGCACCCUUUGGAUAUGCACUUAGCCUGGUUAUAGGUGGCCUGUUCUUUGCCAAACCCAUGCGCUCCAGAGGAUAUGUGACUAUGCUGGAUCCCUUUCAGCAGAUCUAUGGGAAAAGAAUGGGUGGGCUGCUUUUUAUCCCAGCUCUCAUGGGGGAAAUAUUCUGGUCAGCCGCCAUUCUGUCAGCUCUGGGAGCCACAUUGAGUGUGAUCGUAGAUAUCAACAUCAAUAUGUCUGUCGUGAUCUCAGCACUCAUUGCAAUCUUCUACACUUUGGUCGGAGGACUUUAUUCUGUGGCGUACACAGAUGUUGUUCAACUCUUCUGUAUAUUUAUUGGCUUGUGGAUCAGCGUGCCUUUUGCCCUCUCACACCCUGCGGUGUCAAGCAUUAGUGUCACCGCGGUUAAGGAGAUUCACCAAACACCAUGGCUUGGCCACAUUAACUCCUCUGAUGGCUGGAUGUGGAUGGACAACUUCUGCCUUCUGAUGUUGGGGGGGAUUCCCUGGCAGGUGUAUUUCCAGCGGGUUCUUUCUGCCUCUUCAGCUACCUAUGCCCAAGUCCUUUCCUUCCUGGCCGCCUUCGGCUGUAUCGUUAUGGCGAUCCCCUCAGUCCUCAUAGGAGCAAUAGGAGCCUCCACAGAUUGGAACCAGACCUCGUAUGGCCCUAUCCCACCCAUGGAGAACGAGCAGUCGGACAUGAUCCUCCCUAUCGUGCUCCAGUAUCUCUGCCCUUCCUACAUCUCUUUCUUCGGCCUGGGGGCAGUGUCGGCAGCUGUGAUGUCAUCGGCUGACUCUUCCAUUCUUUCGGCCAGUUCCAUGUUUGCUCGAAACAUCUACAAGCUUGCUUUCCGUCAGUCGGCCUCCGACCGCGAGAUCAUCUGGGUGAUGAGGAUCACUAUCUUCGUCUUUGGAGCUUUGGCAACAGCAAUGGCCCUGCUCACAGGCACAGUCUACGGCCUGUGGUACCUGAGUUCGGACUUGGUCUACGUGAUCAUCUUCCCUCAACUGAUCAGUGUGCUCUUUGUCAAAGGCACUAACACAUACGGCUCUGUGGCCGGUUACGUCUUUGGGCUUGUGCUGCGCAUUGGAGGUGGAGAGCCGUACCUCCAUCUUCCCCCCUUCAUCUGUUAUCCAGGCUGCUACACAGCGGAGAAGGUCCAUCAGCUUACCAAGGAGGUUGAACAUUUCACCGUUCAAAAAUUUCCCUUCAAGACAGUGUCAAUGCUCGCUUCCUUCUUGGGUAACGUGGCUUUCUCAUAUCUCGCCAAGUAUCUCUUUGAAAGUGGGAAGCUGUCACCAAAGUAUGACUUCCUGGAUGGUGUCCUUUCCAAGCACAGUGCAGAGAUCAUGGAUAAAACUACUCUGGUGGGCAAUGACAACAUCAACUUGUCAGAUAUGGCACCAGUCAAGGCCCGUCUCAGCACGACGUUGGCAGGAACAUUCACCAACAAAGAGGCUCUCAGUGAUGAUGGAGACUCCAGCCCCGACUUUUUAGGCGAUGAACAUGACUUUUUAGGCAAAGAACAUGACUAAAA